GGUUUCCUGCCCACAUUCGGACCGUCGUGGCUCAACUUGUACGGCACACCGCGCAUAUACACUUACGCACAAAUGCUCAGACCGGAGGAAGAGCUAAACAUGGGUCUUGGGGAGGGGGUUGCAUAUCGAGGGCGACUGCUGAUCUCCAUACAGGCAAAAGAAGACGAAACCAUUGAACGCGUCGGAACUGCAAUCGAAGUUGCUACCCCUGUUUCCGAAACAGUCGCUGGUAAACGUAAUGUCUACUUCCUAUUCGCGUCUAUCUUUGAUGCGACAGUCAUUGAUCGGAAAAUAGGAUCAAAGAACAAGCCCAUAUACUUCGAACUCAGUAUGGGGUUAUUUGGAAAUAAACUGGACGGCAAACGUGGCGGUGUCGAUGAAUUUCCAGUUGCAGUCACUAAAGAAUCUGACAAAAGGGAGCGAGUGGACUGGAACCAAAGUACCGUCAAACCCAUGCUGGCCCGAACCGAUGAUAAAGAAUACUACUUCAUCGACUACGGUCCAAUAAAACCGUGUGUAUAUUUUGUCAGUUAUUUCGAGGACCAUCGAUCUCGGAUGUGCCAUCCAAAUAUUGUGGAGAAGCUUUAUAACUACGUGGAUUGGGGGAUGAAGCGCGUCCGAUUUUUAGUAUUGCGUCACCAAGAACGGAACGCAAGGCAAUUCUUUCGUCAAUUCUUGCGUCGUCUGAGCAGCCAUAUCACUGCUGUGCUUCAAGAUGUCGAGGGAUGCAGGGGAACUGCGAUGCGCACACGGCUAGAUGUGCAAUAUACUCGCCGAAUUUGUCGUGAUUUGCGGCGUAUCUCUGUUGAAGCGAUUCGAAUAAGUACCAUACACAAACGGGAUAUGGGCGCACGGAUGCGCGAAAUGAACGCCAUUCAAAAACGGAUAGCGGAAUUGGUUACUUGUCCACAGGACGCGCUUCCUGACUUAUUCAUUUCCAUGAUACAAGAUGGCCAACGUGUUGGCUUUGCCAGGAUUCCUGCACGUGAUAUCUACUACUCUGUCGUGGACUCUGAACGUGGAAAAUGGAACGGACAGUUGGCGACCAUUUACAUCCGAAAACAAGGCCGAGAAGGCGUGGGUGAAAAGGGAUGGAAGAUUCAAUGUCAACUGCAGAUCUACCUCUGGCUCAGCCUCAUGAAGGACUUUCCAAUAUACAAGUCUGGAAUACCGGGUGGCGUGAAUCCCGAAUGCUUAAGCGGAGUAAAGCCACCGGACGAACUAGUAUACCAAUCUCGGAGUCGCUUUGAGCUAAGAUGUUAUAUUUUCCUAGCUCGUCACCUGCUGGCCUCGGACAAAAGUGGUCUGUCUGAUCCAUUGGCCAGAAUCCUGAUCAAGGAGCACGUACUCCAGACACAACCCCUAAUUCAGACAAUGAGUCCAAUGUGGGAUGUGAUGUUGCACAAACAAAUAAUCUUUUUCCACGACGCAGAGUCGGUAAAGCGUACACAGCAGCAAGUUGUGGUGGAAAUUUUUGACAUCGACCCCGGGACUGGGACACUGAAUGAGCUGGAAUUUUUGGGACGCUGCUUCUGCGAGGUACAGGUUGCAAUCGAUGGUGACAGAUACACACCCCCGCGAUUGCAAUGGUGGCCCAUCUAUCGAGGACAAACUCCCGCAGGGGAUUUGUUAGCCGCUUUCGACUUGAUACAGGUAAACUGCUCAUUUUGAAC